AUGGCAGCCCAGGCCACUGAGAAGACAGACCCUACCCUUUCGACGGAGGUCUCUCCGGCGGAGGGUGACUUACACGUCCAGCCCAGGGCCGCCCCUAUUGAUGGCGAGGCCGCCGCCGAGAUCCCCGGAUAUGACCACCAGCGCAUGAAGGAUCGCAGUCUCCUGUCUUAUGAAGAGGAAAAGAAGUUGUUGCGCCGUGUCGAUUGGCACCUCAUGGUUCUAUGCGCUCUCAUUUUCAUGGUCAAAAAUGUCGAUGCGAACAAUGCUGCGCACGCGCGCAUCAUGAAUCGUGGAACACCCCGGAACAUCCUCACUGAACUGAAGAUGACCGGCGACGACUACAACUUCGUCAGCACAUUGUAUUAUAUACCGUUCAUUAUUUUCGAGAUCCCGUCCAACCUGAUCAUGAAGAAAAUGCUCCCAUCGAGGUUCCAGGCGCGAAUCAUGGUAACUUGGGGCAUCACUCUGGCAUGCCAUGCCGCGGUCAAGUCAAAGGAGGGACUCUGGGUCGCUCGCUUCUUCCUUGGUCUCUGCGAAGCUGGAAUGUUCCCUGGUAUCAUUCUGCAAUUGACAUACUGGUACCGUGCUGAUGAGAUGACCAUUCGUCUUUUGAUUUUCUACUCUUUCGAAUUCUUCGCAAAUGUCGUCAGUGCUGUACUGGCGUUCGCAUUUGAUGGCAUUUCCGGGCGAUAUGGCUUGUCUGGUUGGCAGUGGUUCUUCUUGGUCGAGGGUGUAAUCACCAUUGCAUUCGGAACAUCGCUUUGGUGGAUCUUCCCUGACUUUCCCGAGCAAGCUUCAUGGCUUACCGAUACCGAAAAGAGGUUCCUGCAAGCUCGACUUCCUGCAAACUCUCCCCGGUCAAGUGAGGCGCACUUCAACAUUCGCGAGAUUCUGGAAAGUUUGAAGGACCAAAGACUCUGGUGGUUCACACUGGUCUGGGCAACGAAGACUGUCGGAGGCUCGGGUCUUUCCUUCUACCUGCCUACCAUCGUUGCUGACCUGGGACUUGCCUCGAUUGCCGAAAGCCAACUUCUCACGAUCCCCUCCGCUGUUUUACCCAUCUUCUGCAUCAUCCUCAGCAGCUGGUUGACGGAUAGGAAGGGUGUGCCAUAUCCUGUCGUAGCACUCUUUUACCUGGUGGCCACACUGGCGUGCUAUGCUGUCAUGUACACAUAUCCGAACAACGGAGGUGUUUACGCUGCGACGGUCAUUGCUGCCUCUGCCUCGAAUGCUUGGUUCUCGACCAUGUGGCCUUGGCGUCUUCAGACUACCUCCAAGGCGACAGGAUCCGCGUUUGCCAUUGCGUUCUCCAACUCACUCGGUCAAAUCGGAACGCUCAUCGGACCCCAGCUCUUCCGAUCCGCCUACGCACCUAAGUACUCAACUCCCUUUGGUGUCGCAAUGGGAAUGAGUGGACUUUGCAUUGUGGCGACUGCCUGGACAUGGUGGAUUACCCGGGAGACAGAGAGGCAGACCAGGCAUCUGAAGAAGAUGAAAAUCGCUGCUGGCAAGAGGAAUGAAGUGGUCUAUGACGAUGUCAACAUCGACGCCGACUUUAAGACCAAGUCGAAGGCAUAG